AUGGAGAGUAAUGUCCUCAAACAGCUCAUGGACGCUACAGGCAGUGGAGCAUUAAUAGCCCCCAGUGCGAAUUUACCCACGUCAGCUACACAGCAGAGGCCUAGAUCAUGGAGCCAGUGGCCGACUGGGGAUAUAAUAAUGUCUUGGGAUGUGCUUCGAGAGCCUAUCGCCCGCUGCGGCCAGCAUCGACAUUGGGAGACGUAUCGAAAUGAGCUGCUACACAGCCCUGAUGGAAGUUCAGAAACACCUGGACCAAGUCCUUCGAUAAAGGCAGAGUUUGUGAGGUCCGAUGUAACAACUGGUCUAUUCGAUUAUGACCAAGUCAUGUCAGAAGAUAUGCCAGUGGAUUCCACUCCAGAAUCAGCAAGUUUCACGGCAUCACUUAUCAGAAACUAUGUCGUCAAUAUCCACAGCAAGUCCCCAAUUCUGGAUCUUGACUUCUUGAAAGACUUGGAAGACCGACUAUUAAAGGACAGCGAGCUUCAAAACUGGCCAGUUCAGAAGCAGCUACCAACAGGACUACAUCCCCCAGACAUGGCAAUCUUGCUAUUGGUACUCGCCUUGGGAGAGGUAUCAGCAAGGACAGCCCCAGAAAGCCAACCACUUGGAGAAUCCAAUUAUAUUACUAUGGCGCUUCCUUGGCUUGGAGUUGCGGCUUACAGCGGUGGUUCGCCCAUUAAAGACUUACAAGCACAGUUGCUCUUAGCCAGUUACCAGAUGUGGAUUUUGAAGCCCUGGAAAGCUUGGUGCUAUGUUGAGACAGCAGCUGCCAAAGCGGAGACAAUACUGCUGAGGUAUCCUAAUAUUCUAGAUCAGAAGCUAAGCCACCGCGUUCUAUGGGCCGUUGCGAAAAUGCAGCUCGAGCUGACUGAAGAGAUCUACCCCUGUCUUGGACUUUUGAAGCGCAGCAGACUUGGACAGUUGAUCCAAAGCACUCCGAUUCCACCACCUCCCCCUCAACCAUUCGAAUGGCCUAGCAUUGGGCCUCAACUUGAUACUGAUACCUGGUACUACUACCUGGCUGAGACUUCUAGUAGGCGAUUAGUCGAACGUAUCAAGGCCGAACUUUAUAGUGCAUGUGAGUUCGAACGUCAAAUAAACGAAUGGAUGAGCUCUCUGCCAGCAGACCUCCGUGCUGCAUCACAGCUUCCAUUGGACAUGUCGCCCGGAACAGUAGAGACACUUGAACAGUCAAUCAAAUUCAGGAUGCGAAAGGUUCUCGCCGAUAGACAAGGACAGCUUCUCAUGCUUGUAUUCCGGCCCUUUCUCUCCGCCCUUGCAGACACGACGAAUGAUACUCUAGUGAAUGGUUUCAAUCAGGAUGCGUUGAAAAAAGGCACAGCCAAAUAUCUAUACUACGCAAUGAAGUUCCUCCAUCAGCAGACCGAACAGCCUGUUCGGCAUUAUGGCUGCUGGCUUCUAGCACGGAAUGUCUGGUCAGCUGCCAUAUCGCUCAUCGCUGCAUGUUAUCUGCCAAACGUUAUUCGCUAUAUGGAUUCAAGCGAGCCAGAGACUCAGAACUCUGACAUUGCAAGCCCAAUGUCACAGGGCUCAGUCAUGCCUAAUAUCUUUGGAGGGUCAUUUUCCCGGCAUGCUCUGGAUGCUUGUCAGCAUGCUUAUCGCCAACUUCGACUUUGGGACAAGGAGAGUGCAAGUCUUUCGUUUUGCGAGGAUCAGCUAUGGGCGUUGAUUGUGGAUGCUCAAUGGCAUGAGAGUAGCGCUGCUGGGGACGAUGUCGUUGGUCAUGAGCACACCUAA